UCGUCCAAUAUAUUGAAAGUCAAUAACCUUUCCAAUUUUAUUGUGGUCAUGAUGCGAUCAGCCCACGUGUUUAACCUGACGCGAGUUUAUCAUUUUUUACCCAUACAAAAAAAAAGUGUACAACGCCGGUAAAGAAGUUUUCUUAAGAAAGAAAAAUAUUUUUUUUUGCUUGUUGCAAAAUUAUUGACUGCUGUCUGAUAUGAAAUUGGAACGAAACAACCUGUUUCAAAUCUCCUCAGUAAGAAAAAACCUCCCAAUUUUUAUUUAAUCCACAAUCAAGAACCAAAUACUCAGAAAUCAAUUGUAACAAACAUAAAUAAUAAAUAAUAUAAAUAAAAAUAUAUAAAAUAUAAAAAUGUUUUUUUAAGUGUAAGCAUGAGUGUAAGUACCUAAUUACAUUAAUUUCGUCGCUAUCAUUACGUGGUUUUAUAGAAAACGAGCAUAUUUAUCGAAUCGUAACUGAUCCCCAAUCAAAAAACUAUUUUAUUUAAGUAAGUAAUCCCAGACAGACACAAUCUUAUCAUGACAUAAGAUUUAUUAAGCUAAUUCAUCAUAUGAUAGGUAACUUACCUUUGCAUUCACACACUGAUAAGUCGUUAAAUUGGCACAAACAGGCUAGAUUGGAUGUCAUAUAAUUAAUAUCAAAUUGAAAAAUAUAUAUAUGAAACAUAAAUUAAUCAUAUUUCAGGUAUUUUAUACAAAUGUAACUAUUUAAUAUAUCCAGGCAUUUUUGAAAGGAUUUUUCACUACGAGCGCGAUGGAUACGUCACGUAUAUAGUGUAACGGAGGCGUGGUCGCAAACUUAUUAUAUUACAUUAUAUUAUAUAUAUAUAUAUUAUGUUAUAUAAUUUCACAAUUUAACAAAAUCACAUCAAGAUGAAGCUGCGGGGGACCAAAUUAGUUGCGAAGUAAUAUUGUCAUAUCAUAAAGCAAACACUGGGUAUUAAAUUCUCUCAACCAAGUAUAUUCAUUGCAGACAUAUUUGCGUUUAAGAUUGUAUGACAAAUAUAUCGCAAUUAAAACUUAGAUAGCAAUUGAAAAUUUCGCCUGAAAAAACGUGACUGGCGUGACGUAACGUGAUUUUCUGACGAAGGCUCGCCAUUCUCAGGUAAACUGUCAGUGUAAACAGUAACAGAUAAACGACAGAUAGGCUGUGGGCGGGAGUUGGGCCAGUCAGUAACGCGUGCGCGACACAGCUGAUCGGUGGAGCGCCCGCGCGAACCUGACCCUGUUUCGCAACCGACCGUCAUCUGCUCCGGCAGUCACCCACAAACCGAGCCAUGAGCACCCGCCAACUCCGCCGGCUAGCCGCCGCUACUAGGCCGGCCUUCCAAUCUCCAUGCCAUUGCAACAGGCAUUACAGUCAAGUGAGACCCGUCUAUAUAAUAGAUCGCCAUGAUAAAUGGCGGAACUCAGCUCCUAGUUUCUACGCCGUGCAAUCCAUCGAUAUGAGAACAUACUCGUUCGUUCACAACAUUGAUCCCAUAAUGGUUAGAGAAGGAACUCACAAAAAUGCUGACGAUGUUCUAUUUGAUAUGUUCAAGAAUGAGGACACGGGUUUAUUGCCAGUUGGAAAGUUUUUGGCCGCCCUGAGAACAACUGGUAUAAGAAAAAACGAUGCCAGAGUGAAAGAAGUAAUGCACAAUUUGUACAAAGUCCACAAAGAACAGAACUUCGAAGGCGGGUCACCGGAGACUCUAAAGCUCGAUAGAAAAACUUUUAAAGAGGUGAUUGCACCCAACAUUGUACUGAUAACUAGAGCCUUCCGAAGCCAAUUCGUCAUACCAGACUUCCAAGACUUUAUUAAGGAUAUAGAAGAAAUGUACUGGGCAGCCAAAAGCAAUACUGAUGGGAAAGUUGCAAGCUACAUACCACAACUAGCAAGAGCUAGCACUGAAAAUUGGGGCGUGAGUGUUUGCACAAUAGAUGGCCAAAGAUUCUCCAUUGGUGACGUGACAGUUCCAUUCACACUACAAUCGUGCAGCAAGCCACUGACGUACGGGAUGGCGCUUGAUACUCUGGGCCCAGAUGUAGUACAUAAAUAUGUUGGCACCGAGCCAAGUGGAAGGAACUUCAAUGAACUCGUCUUGGACUAUAACAUGAAACCACACAAUCCCAUGAUCAACGCAGGGGCAAUUUUAGUUUGUUCAUUAUUGAAAACCUUGGACAAACCUGAAAUGACUCUCGCCGAAAAAUUUGAUUACGUCAUGUCAUUCUUCAGCCGCUUGGCCGGUAAUGAAGUGUUAGGUUUCAACAACGCAGUAUUUUUGUCUGAGAGAGAGGCAGCUGAUAGAAAUUAUGCGCUGGGAUUUUACAUGCGUGAACACAAAUGCUACCCAGAGAAAACGAACUUUAAAGAAUGCAUGGAUUUCUAUUUUCAGUGUUGCUCCAUGGAAGCGAACUGUGAUAUUAUGUCAAUAAUGGCAGCCACAUUAGCAAACGGAGGAAUAUGUCCCAUAACAGAUGAAAAGGUUCUGGGGCCAGAUUCUGUUCGUAACGUGUUAUCGUUGAUGCACAGCUGCGGAAUGUACGAUUAUUCUGGGCAGUUUGCCUUCAAAGUUGGUCUACCUGCAAAAUCAGGCGUGUCCGGCGCGAUGCUCAUAGUUGUGCCCAACGUCAUGGGAAUUUGCACGUGGUCGCCUCCUCUCGAUCCACUUGGAAACAGCUGUCGAGGCCUUCAAUUCUGUGAGUCACUGAUAGAGCGGUUCAAUUUCCACAAAUAUGACAAUAUUCGUUAUGCAAGUCAUAAAAAGGAUCCUCGACGCUACAAAUUCGAGUCCACUGGCCUUAGUAUCGUCAAUUUAUUGUUUUCUGCAGCCAGCGGUGAUCUCAGCGCCUUAAGAAGUACUUCUUCAGAUCCGUCUCACCUUCCCGUACCAGUGGAAUCUUCAAAAUAGAUAACUUCGAACAAGUAAACCAUUUAAAGAAAAGUUUACUAGAAAAAAACCACGCGGCCCAGGCAGCAGACGGGACGGGGCGGUGCCUGGUCCGCGUGGAUUAUUUUCUAGUAAACUUUUCUUUAGAUUUAAACAUCUGGCAGUUAAAUGCUUAAAAUAUAUAAAAACAUAAGUAAACUAUUUGUUCAAGUGCUUAAUCAAAUAGCUAAAGCACUAGAAAUAAAAUAUAAUUGUUUCUUUACGUCUGAUUUCGUUGAAUCUAUUUCAAGAUUACUUAAUUAAUCAAUUUGCCUAAAAUAGCAAGUAGGACCUACCUAUCACAAAUUGCAUUCAAAAAAAGCAAGUAUCACUAAUUGCAUUCAAAAUUCAUGUAUGAUCAUCAAUCUGCUUUUCAAGUAUAGAUAGAACGUAAUUACGGAAUUGUAGUUACUACUCCUAUUCCUUUUUGCAUUUGACGAACAUAAUUGUUUUAAAUCUUUUCUCAGGCACCAUCUAUCCGGCAUGGACAUGACUCUAUCAGACUAUGAUGGGCGUACGGCGUUGCAUCUGGCUGCGGCAGAAGGUCAUCUCUCGUGCGUUGAUUUUCUUUUAGCUCAAUGCGGCGUGCCUCACGACCCCCGCGACCGCUGGGGUAGCCGCCCGCUCAAUGAGGCUGAAACCUUUGGCCACACAGCUGUCGUACAAUACCUUAACGAAUGGGAGCGAACGCAUCCUUUAGACAAAGAAAAAGAUGCAACAAACGCACCUUCAUCGGUAGACGAAAUUCUCGAAGUGAAACCAGACGCUAAUGAUGCUGUAAAAGAUCCGAGCAUUCAAGAGAUUGUUUCGAGGAACGGAGAUAAAGUACAGUAGAAUCUCAUCUUAGGAAAGAGCAAUCUCAUUGAUAAGAGCACAUUAGAUCUCUAAUAAAUUGUUUUAGGUAGAAUAUAAAAAUUUACACAGACUUUAAAUCAAAUAUUGCAUUUCGAAAUUUAAAUCGAUAAUGUUAGAUGAUAAAACUAUAAUUGCCAUCUCAAAGAGAGUACAGUAGUUUUUUAAAUUAUUUAAAAAAAAUGCUUUGACUAUUAUGCUGCUCAUUUGUAAGGGCAUUCGUAGAAGUAAUGAUGCUUACAAAAUAUUAAACAAAAAACCCAAAGGUUAUAAUAACAUUCCAUUAAAAGAUAAAAUAAGAGAAGUAGGGCAUAGCUGAAUUCCCGUUCGGCUUGAGAGCCCGUCUGGAGUAAAAUAAAUCUACUUUGUGGAGGUGUUGCUAUUAGUGGCUAAAUUUCCAGGGUUCCACAGAGUAGAGAGUUGGGUUCAGGCUAGAGUGAUAUACCUACUAUACUACCUUCAACUAUUUUCGCGACUGAACUCCACUUACACUCAACUUCGGUAGGGUAGGGUAAUUUGCUGCGCCUUGUAUAAAAAAGUCCUUAGGAUUUAAUAUGUAAUGUUUAACAGAAUAUAAAAUGUUUAUUCUAAACAAUAUCCUACACAGGAAUGUUAUGUGUUACCAGACAAUAAAUAAAUAUUUAAAUAUUAAAAUUUAUGAUUAUGAUGUUACUUCUAUAUUAGUAAGUGUUGUCCAAAUACAAUUAUGGUGUCAAUUAUUUUUUUGUUUAAUUUCUGUCUAAUAGGUAGGUAAUCUAAAAAACAUCGUGCAAUUUAGUACCUAUAGGUACUACCUAACUACUUAUAAAAAAAUGCCUAUGAAUUUGUACCUGACAAAAAAAACAGUUUACCCCUAUAUUACUUUCAUCUACAGCAGUCACAAGUCUAUCAACAGAAAAUCUAUACACAGUUUAAUAUGUGAUUUUAUGGUCUCAUCAUCAGUCUAUAGUCUCAGACCAAAUAAAAAGUAAAGACGGAGUCUGCCGAACCAAAAAGUGAAGCCGGU